AUGAUGAAGUUAUUGAUUGCUGUAUUGUCAUCAACGCUGAUUGCUUGUUCGGUCACUACAGCUACUCCAGUUAAUCCCAGUAGGACUAGAAACCUCGAGUCUAGUUCCACAGCUAUUUACACUGCAACUGCUUAUCCCAGCACUUCGACAUUUACUGGUUUAGAUGUAGACACGGUUAAUUGUGGUGAUUAUUCAAGGAGGAAAAAACAAAUAAUCAAAGAAUAUGCAAAGAGGAGAGGUGGUUUCAAGGCAACACAUAAAAAGUGCAAGUUGAUAAAAGCAAAAGUUGUUGCUCAAAAACCAGUGAUAAAAAAUCUGCGUGAAAGAAUCAAGCUAAUGUCGCCUGUAACUAUGCCAAAUGAUGGUGGUCCAGACUAUACAGAAACAAAAUCUCUCCUUCAAAGCGGGAAUGCUGUUCUUGCAAACCUUGAAAGCCAGCGGAGAGUAUGCGAUGACCAAUAUUUUUCUCGGCGCAAGAAGAUGCGUUUAGCCAAACGAAAACUUGCAGAAGAGUUUUUUGGAAUCUUCCGCGUCGAGCUUGGACUGGUUACUAGUAGGCGCAUGAUAACCCUUUUAUCAAGUCAGAUCUUUCUGAAUUGUUUUAAUCAAUUUUACUCUGGCAUACGGAGUUCAUCAACAGGCUCUGAGCGUGCCUCUACUAGUGGAACGCAAGGUUCAUCACGAUCUCAUGGUCCACCACCAUCAUAUGAAGUUGUAAUGAAGAAUCCUAAACUCUAUAAAGUGACUCAACAGAACCCAGGUGAUCAACUUCCAUCGUAUCAAGAAGUAAUACGCAACCCUCAAAAUUUCCCCAAGGUCUUGGAAGAUCCUGAUGUUACCGAAUCGUCAUCGAUGAAUCCAUCUAUAGUUCAUUCUACUCAAACAUCAUCCAGUGUUCCACCCAGUCAACAUACAGCUUCAUCCACUUUACAGAGAGUUUCAUCCACUCUACAGAGAGCUUCAUCCAGUCUACGGAGAGCUGCAUCUAGUGUGCGAAAAGUUUCAUCCAGUCUUACAUGGAAAGUCGAUCGUUCUUGA